AUGCCCUGGGUUAUGCUCCACCUCUCCACCUCCUCCCACCCGCACUUCCGCGCCCUUCGCUUCAAUCACACCCCCGUUGAGGCGCUUUCAGCUGCUGCAGGGGAGAAAGGACAAGGAAGCGGAGGAGAAGGAGGAGGGAAAGUAGGAGGGAUUGUGGGGGGGAGUGGGUGGGGAGUGAGAAAGGGGGAGGUGUGGAGGCCGAGGAGGGGAGAGGGGGUGUGUGAGCUGGGGAGAGGGGAUUGGCAGAUGGAGAGGGAGGGAUAUCCGCUGAAUGGCCGAACAGGCUUUGACUAUCUCCACUUUGCCUGGCGAGAGAGCGAGUGCGCCCACCCGUUCACCCUCACGCACGCCCCCCUCUCCCACCCCCAUCUCCAACCGCAGGAGAAUGGCCGUACCGACUUUGACUAUCUGCAUUUCGCCUGGAGAGAGAGCGACUGCGCCCACCCGUUCACUCGCUUCCGAGCGGAUCGCUUCUUCGAGGCCUUCCAGAACCGUCGGAUCGUGUUCGUGGGCGACUCUACACUGUUGUCGAUGUUCCAGUCGCUGCUCUGCCUGCUCUCAGUGGGUUCGGAUGGGUUGAAUGCGGUGGAGCUGGGUUCGGACAGGUCAGGUGCAGCAAAGCCAAGUUCGGAGGGGUUGGGAGCGGUGAGAGUGGUGCGGCUGGAUGCGUGGGCGGCAUAUGUGGUGGCAGCACAGCCGCAUGUGCUGGUGAUUCACACGGGAGGCGCGUGGGUGGGGUUGCAGCAGCGAUGGCAGGAGCAUAGGGCGCGAAUACAUGCUUCUCAGGAGGGGCAGAAGGGGCAGGAGGGGCAGGAGGGGCAGGAGGGGCAGAGUGCAGCGAAUGAAUCAAAGGUUUUUGCUGCUGUGGCUGGUAAAGGAGUUGAGGGAGGGAUGCGUGAGGAGAAAGUGGGAGCAGAAGGCAAGGUGGAGGUUGGUGGGGGAAAGAGGAAGGCUGGAGGGGGAAAGGGGGAGCCUGGUGGGGGAAAAGGGGAGGUUGGUGGGGAAAAUUGGAAGGCUGGAGGGGGAAAGGGGGAGCCUGGUGGGGGAAAGGGGGAGCCUGGUGGGGGAAAAAGGGGAGGUUGGUUGGUGGGGGAAAAGGGGAAGGCUGGUGGGGGAAAAGGGGAGCCUGGUGGGGGAACUGGGGGGAAUGGCGGGGGGAAUAAGGGGACGGGUGAAAAGGCGAAGGGAAAGGGUGGGGGGAAGAAGGGGAAUGGUGGGGAGAAGAGGGGGAAUGGUGGGGAGAAGAAGGGGAGUGGCGGGGAGAAGAAGGGGAGUGGAGGGGAGAAUAGGGGGAAUGGUGGGGAGAAUAGGGGGAAUGGUGGGGAGAAUAGGGGGAAUGGUGGGGAGAAUAAGGGGAAUGGUGGGGGGAAUAGGGGGAAUGGCGGGGAGAAUAGGGGGAAUGGUGGAGAGAAUAAGGGGAAUGGCAGGGAGAAUAGGGGGAAUGGUGGAGAGAAUAAGGGGAAUGGUGGGGAGAAGAAGGGGAAUGGUGGAGGGAAGAAGGGGAAUGGUGGAGGGAAGAAGGGGAAUGGUGGAGGGAAGAAGGGGAAUGGUGGAGGGAAGAAGGGAAACAGUGGGGGAAAUGGAGUCGAUGGUUGGAAAAACAAAGGUAGCGGUGGUGGUAAACAGGGCAAUGGCGGGGGCUAUCAGGGCAAUGGCGGGGGCUAUCAGGGCAAUGGCGGGGGAAAUCAGGGCAACGGUGGGGGGAGCAAGGAGGCCGGUCAGGGAAAUGACGGGGGGAAUGGGGGCAAGGGUGGGGGGAGCAAGGAGGUCGGUCAGGGAAACCAAGGGAAUGGUGCGGGAAGAAAGGGGAACAGUGUGGGGGAUAACAAAAUCAGUGCGGGAAGCAAAGGGAAUGGUGGGAUGGCAUUGGGAGACAAUAGUAAAGCUGGGCAGAAAGGAGGCGGGACAGGAAAGCAGGCAGGCAGUGAGAUGAAGAAAGCGGGAGGGAAAGGGGAGAGCAGUGGUGAUAAGGCGAAGGAGAAACGCAAGGCUGUGGCAGAGGUGCAAAAAACGGGCAAGGGGCAAGGGAAGCAAGGAGAGGGGAAGCGGCAGAAGGUUGGGGAAAAAGUGGAGGAGGGGGUGAUGAAGCAGGGUGGUGAUAAUGGUGGCCAGACAGCCAGUGGAGGAGGAGGAGGGGACACCACGAGUGGUUCUCAGACUGAUCCGUUUGCAGGAGGGGAGUUGCGAAUGGGCGACUUCGGUGAUGAUGAUGCCAUUCUGCAGGGCAACAUGUCGAUACUUGAUGGAAUGGACGGUGCGGAUGAAGCAGGGUCCCUUGGUAGCAUGGACGGAUCAGAUGCAGCGGAGGGGGGUUCAGGUGAGGCAGUGGGUGGAUCGAAAUUGGAGGAAGGUGAUGUGAGAUUAGAGGAGGAGGAGCAGCAGACAGGCGGAAGCUUUAUGGCGGAUGAAGCUGACAUAGUCCUAGAGGAAAUGUCCGAAGCGAGCUCUUCAGUCGGUCGGGGCAGCUUCCUUGAUGAGGAUAGGCCGGUGGAAAAUGAUGAAGUGCCGGAGCAGCAGCAGCAGCAGGGCGGGAGUGUCAUGGCGGACGAAGCUGACCAAGUCCAAGAGGAGAUGUCUCAAGGUAGACUCUCAGAAGGAGAAGUGAUGCCUUCAGUCAAUCAAGUUACGUUUGAUGAGGAGGGUGAAGCGGCGAAAGAGGAUGCAGUGCAGGAGAAGGAUAACGAAUCUCAUGUUGUUACAGGUGCAGAGAAUGACAAGGAAGUUCGUGGGGAGGAUGUGCAUAACGAGGCUGCUAAUAAGGAGGAUGAGUCACCUGGAGGGCCUAGUGUGCUCCCACCUAACCUGCUUGACUCGGUUGACUUUCUUGACCCGGUAGCAGCAUUCACCAAGACCCUGCGCAUGCUGCACCACUUCCUCUCCUCCCAACCCACCGCCGAAUCCCUCCCAACUUUCUUUCUCGGGCUGCCCCGAGAACAUUAUUUCCGGGCAGACCAGGGCAACCAUACCUCGCUCUGCCUGCCAGACGACGUCACAUGCUCGGGUCCAAUGGGUCGGUCGAGGGGAGCCGGGGAGGAGGACCACGCCCCUAGUGGGGGCUCGAGGACGCUGUGGGCGGGGGGAGCUGGGUUUGCAUCUUUCCUUUCUACCCCUCACCUCCCCUUUUUCCCACUCACCCUUUCCUCUGCAAACCCUCCCAACUCCCAUGCCCCCUUCUCCUUCCCCAGACCCAAGCGCCGCCGCUAUGCCACCACAAGCUGGCAGGACGCCGUGGGUGGGGGGAGCAGCGGGGGGGGAGGCGCAGGGGCGGGGGGGGAGGGCGCAGGCGCAGCAGCAGGGGGAGGCGGGGGGGGACCCGGGGGAGGCGGGGGAGCGGGGGGAACAGGGGGGGGAGCGCGGAAGGGGGUAUAUCAUUGCAACUACUGUCACAGGGAUGUGACGGGGGAGGUGCGCGUGAAGUGUGCGGCGUGUGUGGACUUUGACCUCUGCGCUGAAUGCUUCUCCGUGGGCGCCGCUGCUCACACCGCACUCUGCCUCCCACCCGACACCAUGAGCUUCCCUCUUGUGCAUGAGGACUGGACUGCUGACGAGGAGAUGCUGCUGCUCGAGGCACUGGAGAUGUACGGAAUGGGCAACUGGGGGGAGAUUGCAGAGCACGUGGGGUCAAAGAGCAAGACACAAUGCCACGACCACUACCUCUACGACUACCUGCUGUCACCCACCGGGCCCUUGCCUGAUCUAUCUCGCCUGCGCACGCAAGCAGACACGGAAGCAGCCAAGGCGGCAAUGGAGGAGCAGGAGGCAGCAGAGACAGCAGCAAGGGCACAGGAGGCAGUUCUGUUCAACGUUCCUGUGGUGAAGCGAUGCUGGUGCGGCGCCAAGCACAACGAGUUUGAUCCUGAGUAUGAUACCCAGGCAGAGGCACCGCUGUGUGCCUCUUCUUAUCUUUCCCCCCGUUCUCCUCCUCCCCUCCUCCCCUCCUCUCCUCCCGUUCUCCUCCUCCCCUCCUCCCCUCCUUUACAGGCCAGAACCCAGCACCAAGGCGGACGACACUGCCUCAGCGCCAAUAACAGCGGGUUCAACGCAAAGCACAACGAACCUGAUCCUGGCGCCAAGGGGGACGACGCUGGUGCACCAAUCACAAGCGGGUACAACACAAAGCGCAACGACUUAGACCCCGAGUGUGACAGCGGGGCAGAGGCCCCGCCGCUGCCAGAGCCCAGCACCAAGACAGACGACACUGCAACACCCAUCACAAGCGGGUACAACACGAAGCGCAACGAGUUUGAUCCCGAAUACGACAACGAGGCAGAGGCACCACUGGCAGAGCUGGAAUUUAAGGAUUCCGAUUCAAGUGUGGAUAGACAGCUCAAGAUCAAGAUGCUGCACAUCUACUACUCCAGGUGCGCUUGGUUUGUGUUGCGGAUGUCACAGCGUUCAACAGUGGCGUACAGUGCAAGGCUGGCAGAGCUGGAAUUCAAGCAGUCGGACUCGAGUGUGGAUAGACAACUGAAGAUCAAGAUGCUGCACAUCGACUACUCCAGGCUGGAAGAGCGGUCCAGGCGCAAGGCCUUUAUCUUGGAGCGUGGUUUGCUCGACCCGAGAAGAGUGGACGGAACUAUCCGACCCGAAUCCACCUCCGGCAGCAGGGGGAGAGUCAGGGACCGGGACAGGACAGAUGAACAACACAAGAGAGAGGAUGGUGUGGAACAGGGAGGGGAGAGGGAAGGGGGAACUCUGGGGGAGGUGGGGGCAGAAGCGGGAGAGGGUGGGGUGGAGAAGGGGGAAGGGGGAGGGAAGCGGGGAGGGAAGCGAGGAGGCGGUGGGGAGAGGAGGAGGUCGAAGGAGGAACGGGAGAUGUUUCUGCGGUGCCGCGUGUUUGCGAGGUUUCUCAGUGCAGAGGAGCACGAGGGGUUGGUGCAGAGUUUGACUCAGGCGCAGAGGCUGCGAGACAGAGUGGCCGUGCUGCAGGAAUACGAGGGGCUGGUGCAGAGUCUGAUGCAGGCACAGCGAAUGCGAGACAGAGUGGCCGUGCUGCAGUCGAGAGCAGCUGGUGCAGAGUGGGGCUGGUGCAGAGUGGGGCUGGUGCAGAGUGGGGCUGGUGCAGAGUGGGGCUGGUGCAGAGUGGGGCUGGUGCAGAGUGGGGCUGGUGCAGAGUGGGGCUGGUGCAGAGUUUGA